AUGUCUUCUCAAACUUUGCAGCAAAUCUCCACUCUCCCUCAGCUUACAAAGUUCGUGACAGGCCAUGAUGAAUAUGGCAGGUCUGAAAUUCAUGAAUCCUCUGCCUUCACAUGGUCCAGCCACGACGACAACAAGAUGGGCUUUAGUGUAGCCUAUACCACUUCUUCGUCUCCGGCAGUUUUAACGAACAACGCCGACCUCGAGGCCCACAAACAGACUAUGACUAAGGGAUUAGGAUUGGUAAAUCCGAAGGGCUCGGUUGUUCGGUGUGUGGACUUUGCGCCAGGCUAUUCCUGCUCGAUGCAUCGGACGAAGAGUCUGGAUUACGGCGUCGUCUUGGAGGGUGAAAUCGAGAUGGUGUUAGACUCCGGAGUCUCCAAGCUGCAUCGGGGUGAUAUUGCAGUGCAAAGGGCUACAAACCACCAAUGGAGAAAUACAUCGUCCACUAAUUGGGCGCGGAUGAUGUUCGUACUGCUGGAUUGUGAGACUGAUAUGAAGGAAGAUCUCGGCGAGGGUGUUGGAGGAUUGCUACCCAGCGGAAAUUAG